AUGGCAGUCGGCUGGUGUUACGAUUCUGUCUCUCCAGAUGGCUGCAAACGUUCGCCAGGGACAUGCCAGCUACGCCAUGACAUCACGAAAUGCAGUUGCGGGCUUGUCCUGGACAUUUGCAACUAUGAACCCCAUAUACACGGCAAACGACAUCAGCAUAUUGUUGCAGGCACACAACGACCUGUGUCGAAGCGGGGAAAGGCUGGUCCGAAGCUAAAGCAGUGCCCCCAUUGCAGCCCGAGUAGAGAGUUUCUGGAGAAUGAGCUCGAGGCUCAUGUAGUGACUCAUACGGUGCAAGAGCGGCUGGCGACGACAUUGAACGAGGCUCAGAGAAACAAGAACGGGAUUGAAGUGUCCAACUUGACGGGGCUUGAUUUCGGAAUCGUCGAUGAAGACGAGCAACUGCCUGUGGUGGUCGAAAUGCUCGUGCAAAGGACCAGCGGCGAUGACUCCGGCGCGCCUAUCUCGCUGACCAAGCUCAGGAUGCUGUCUUCGCAGAGGCAGGAUGAACAUGGCGUCAAGUUCUCCGUGACCAUAACCCCGGCUUCGAAAUUCAUACGCUCCGCUCGACCUCACAAGGUCUCUGUCACCUUCCAUCCAUCCUAUGCUGGGCGUUUCGAGGACACCUUAGAACUAGUAUUCAUCAAUAUUGUCAAACGCCACCGGUUUGUUAUCCAGCGACAGGUCUUCGCUACUGUCGGUUGUCGUGCUGAUCACGAGCACCUCGCUCCCAAGGCCCCUUACACCCGACGUAAGCGCCGCAACAUCAAGUUAGACGGUCCCAUCAAACGCAGCCUUCGCCCUCCCACUUGGACCCCGACAAAGUUCUCCAAGCUUCCCCAGUUCAAUGUCCCGAAGAACCUGAUUCAGGCAGUAUAUACUGAAAAAGGGUAUGUGAAGAGAUCCGCCAAGCAAGAUGUCAAACGAUUCAUGCCUUCGUCGUUCACCAUCUCGAAGUAUGCACAGCACUUCCAAACCAUGCUUUAUCUGGAAGAAGAGCAGAAAAAGCAGGAUCUGGACGCUUACUCUAUGGAGGGCGUUGAGAUCAAGGCGGACUACCCUAGAUACAAGCUCAAAGUCGAAGGUCUUUCCGAAGGUCGUCCCUCUGUUCUUAUCGGAGAUUACAUUCUCGUUCGUCCCGUCGGUCAACCCGACAAGGCUUGGUUCGAAGGACGCGUUCACAACGUUGCCAUGGAGCACGUCAGCCUUCGCUUCAGCGAUGACUUCAAUACCUACCGCGGGACAAAGUUUGAUGUACGAUUCGUCUUGAAUCGGCUACCCUGCCGUCGGGCGCACCAGGCUCUGGUCAAUAAGAACGACCUUGCUCGGUUACUCUUCCCAGGUCCUGAGCACUUGAUAUCGGCGCGACCUGUUUCCCGAGAUGUGUUGAAGGAGCUGGUCCCUUUUAACCGCAGUCUUGGAAAUAAUCCUGAACAGCUAGAGACAGUAGCCGCUAUCGUACAUCAACCAAGAGGAAGCGUGCCUUUCAUCGUGUUCGGGCCCCCAGGAACAGGAAAGACGGUGACCAUCGUAGAAGCCAUGAGACAAAUCCUCCAGCGUCACCCCGACGCCCACAUCUUAGCAUGCACACCCAGCAACGAAUCCGCCGACCUCAUCGCACAGGGGCUCAUGCACCUCGGUCCCAUGAACAUCUUCCGCUUGAACGCCAUGUCCCGCAAGUUAUCCCGUCUCCCCCUUACCCUCCAGCCAUACUCCCUCAUCAACGGAAACGGAACUUUUGCUAUGCCUAUUCUGGAAGACGUCCUUCGACGGCGUGUCGUGGUCUGUACGUGCAUUUCCGCCGGUGCCCUCACGGGCUUGGGCGUGAAGCGCGGGCAUUUCGGGUGGAUUUUUAUCGAUGAGGCGGGCCAGGCGACGGAGCCUGAUACGAUGGUACCUAUCAAGGGAUUGGCGGACGAAUAUACGAACGUGAUUUUGGCGGGUGAUCCGGAGCAGCUAACUCCGACUGUGACCUCGAGGCUGGCGAGGGAUCUGGGGCUCGUGGAGAGCUAUUUGGUUAGGCUGAUGAAGAGACCGUGUUAUGGCCUGGAGCCAUGGAAUGCCAACGGAAGUGGCGGAGGAUGGGGUGUUACGGUCGUGGAGCUCCUCCAGAAUUUCCGAUCCCAUCCGGGUAUUUUGGCCUUUUCGAAUGCACAGUUUUACAGGAACCGACUACGGGCAUGUGGUGAUCCCAUGUUGACGAGGAGCUUUGAAAAUUGGGACGAGCUUCCGACAAAGAAGUUCCCGAUCAUUUUCCAUGCGGUGGUUGGUCGAGAUCAAAGGGAGAAAUCAUCACCGUCGUAUUUCAAUAUCGAUGAAGCCACACUCGUUAAGAAGUAUUGCUUACGGCUUGUUGAAAAGAAGGGUACACGCGCUGAACAUAUUGCCAUUAUUACCCCAUAUCAUGCGCAGAAAAUGAAGAUCUUAGAGCUCUUCCGCAAAGAUCACAAGUUAAAGGACGUUAGCGUCGGGAGCGUCGAGGAGUUUCAGGGACAGGAACGCCGGAUAGUCAUCAUAUCCACUGUGCGCAGUAACUCGGAUUUCAUUGCUUCAGACAUUCGACGUUCUCUCGGCUUCGUUGCGAGUCCUCGUCGGUUCAACGUCGCUAUGACCCGUGCUCAAGCCCUGCUCAUCAUUGUCGGCAACUCUGACGUAUUGGCGCUGGAUCCUGUAUGGAGGUCAUUCAUGAACUACGUUCAUGACCACGGCGGCUGGCGUGGACACCGGAUGUCAUGGGAUCCAUUGGACAACGUGAAUGAUUACGUCGAGCAUGUGAAGAGGCGGGCUGCUGGUGAGGCUGAGGAGACUCUUACGAGGCUGAAGGCGCUCGUGGUGGGCGUGAGCGAAGCGGGCGGUGUUCUUCCCUCCCUGGAUAGCGAUGAUGAUGAUGAUGAGAUUGAUGGAGGAUUGGGGGACGGGUUGGUCAUACAGGAGGUGGACUGA